AUGGCCGGGCGCCCACCACAGGGUAUCCUCUUCCCUGAGCUCAGGGUGUGGGCAGCCACCCUGAGCCGCAGCACCUCUGGACUCCACUCUGAUGCAGGAAUCACCGCUCUCUCCCCAGCUGAUGCCAUACUUCCGAAAAGCGCUGACUUGACGGUGUCUUGGUAUAGAUCUUCCUUUGUUGUUCAGAAUUUUCUUGGUCUCCUUGGCUCAGUGGGUCAGACUGGGGUUCCCAUCAAGCACUGCAGGGCCCUGGCUGAGUGGCACAGACGCUCAGUUUUCAGCGAGCUCCACUGGUGUUCACCUAAAAAGACUACAUUUCCUGGUCUCCGCUGA